AUGGCGACAGUAGAUCCAGAAAUGAACAACUCGGUAGAAAACUCAAAGUUCUACCUUGUUAAACUGUUUCAAGAGCAUUAUCCUUCUGGUUUUCUCAGAAAGGUGGUGGCAGAGGUUAUAGCAACCUAUCUGUUGGUCUUCGUGACAUGUGGUGCUGCUGCUAUUAGCGCUAGUGAUGAGCACAAAGUCUCAAAACUAGGAGCCUCAGUAGCAGGAGGGCUCAUCGUAACUGUGAUGAUCUAUGCAGUAGGUCACAUCUCUGGUGCACAUAUGAAUCCUGCUGUCACCACAGCUUUUGCAGCCGUCCUAAACUUUCCAUGGAAACAGGUCCCAUUUUAUGCUGCGGCUCAACUAACAGGAGCAAUUUCUGCUUCUUUUACUCUCAAAGUUUUACUUAAUCCAAUAAAACAUGUCGGCACUACUUCACCAUCUGGAACAGCUGUUCAAGCCCUCAUCAUGGAAAUCGUCGUAACAUUUUCUAUGAUGUUCCUCACUUCUGCUGUGGCAACCGAUACUAAAGCUGUAGGAGAAUUGGCAGGUAUAGCUGUUGGUUCGGCAGUCUGUAUAACAUCCAUCUUGGCCGGACCAGUAUCAGGUGGAUCUAUGAACCCAGCAAGGACACUAGGACCAGCAAUUGCUAGUCAAUACUAUAAAGGCAUAUGGGUGUACUUGGUCGGACCAGUGACAGGAACAUUGCUUGGAGCAUGGUCUUAUAACCUGAUUCAUGCGGCUGACAAACCAGUUCAAGCAAUUUCUCCACGUUCUUUUUCAUUCAAACUUCGCAGAAUGAGGAGCAUCGAGGAGCAGGCUCCAAACAAGGACCCUCUGGAUGCUUUGUACGUGAAGGGAUAG